AUGCUCAGGCUUCGAUUUGGCUUUAAAUUUGAAGACGUUGUAAAAUAUUUAACGUCAAAUAGCCAAUGGACGCAAAAAGGUAGUAAAAAGUCUGAUGAAGGUGUUGAAAGUGUAGGAAAUGGUCAGUUUACUUUCCUUUCAUUUUCACUUCAAUUCAUAAUGAAAUUGCAUUUCAUCUUGCCUGAAAUUCAUAUCACGUCCCUCGUACCAACUAACCCUGAAUGUUUGCAUUGUGAAUUAAAUGUAAUGAAAUUUUAA